AAGACUUUCGCUGUAUUCUGUAGUUUGUCGUCGCUUGGAGUUCAUAACCUAGUUAUCAAAUUUAUAACAGAAAUUGCGAAUUAAUUUGAUAGAAUUAAUGAACUUAAAUUAUUUAAUAAUUUUAGUAAAUAAAUAGAGAGUAAAAAUGCAUGCAUUUUUAAAAACCGGUAAAUUGGGACCUGGUGAUGUCAAAAAACCAUCAACUUCAAAGUCUAAGGAAGGAAAAGCCGGCCCAGCACCUCCAUGGGUUGAAAAAUAUCGACCCAGAACUGUCGAGGAUGUCGUAGAGCAAAAUGAAGUAGUGGAAGUACUAAGACAGAGCAUGUCAGGUGGUGAUUUUCCAAAUUUGUUGUUCUAUGGACCACCUGGUACUGGUAAAACUAGUACGAUACUGGCAGCUGCUCGUCAAUUAUUUGGAAAUGUUUACAAAAAUCGCAUACUGGAGCUCAACGCUUCGGAUGAAAGAGGAAUCCAAGUUAUCAGAGACAAGGUCAAAUCAUUUUCACAAUUGACAGCAUCUGCUACCAGACCUGACGGAACACCAUGUCCACCUUUCAAAAUCAUCAUACUCGACGAGGCAGACAGUAUGACUCACGCAGCACAAUCAGCACUACGUCGUACAAUGGAGAAGGAAUCCCAUAGUACUCGUUUCUGUUUAAUUUGUAAUUACGUAUCGCGUAUUAUCGAGCCAUUGACUUCCCGUUGUACCAAGUUCCGGUUCAAACCUCUCGGUCAGGAAAAAAUAAUAGAGCGAUUGGAGUACAUCUGCAAGGAAGAAAAUCUUACUGCUGAUAAAUAUGUGCUAACUAAGCUGGUUGAUGCAUCAGGAGGGGAUUUGCGUAAAGCAAUCACUUCCCUUCAGUCCGUAACGCGAUUGAAAGGAAAAGACAUCGAGAUUACUGUCGAUGACGUCGUUGAAGUUACCGGAGUAGUACCGGACAUGUGGUUGAAUAGACUUUUGGAAGUUUGUCAGGGUAAAGACUUUAGUAAAGUCGAGGAGUUUGUUGAUGAGUUUCUGCUGGAGGCUUUUGCUACUUCUCAACUUAUCGAGCAGCUCAGUGAUAGAAUAAUCAUGUCUGAUGAUUUUAACGAUAAACAGAAAGCUUUCAUUGGAGAAAAACUUGCGGAGUGUGCGUAUAGAUUACUCGAAGGUGGAAGUGAAUAUAUUCAGCUGAUAAAUUUAUGCUGCGUUAUUAUGCAAGCUAAUCAGCGAUAUUAAUUUAUCAGUUCAUUUGUACUCAUAAUAAUACUACUAUUAAUAAUAAUAAUAAUAAUAAUUUAUAUCUUAA